AUGAUUCUGAAUGAGGAGGGUGAGAGUGAUGCAGGAUCUGAGAGCACAAAUGAGGAGUACCCUGCAGGGAUUUUGGCUUUAUCAGAGAAGCAAUUCUGGCUAUACUACGCUGACGUCUUCAUAUCUGCCACCCAGAAGAUCAGCCCAGAUCAGGUUGUGGUGCGGACGCUGACGGCUCUUGUGCUGUCGCCGCUGCGGGCGCUGGGUAGAGAGUGCGGCCUCUUCUUCCACGAGUUCUACGGAAACAUGUCGUUCCUGUACGUGCUCCCUUCCUCCUUCAUGCUCAUCGCCAUCUUGGGCAUGUUCCUCUACUGCUGUCGAGGUGGCAGAGUACACGACAGCGGCUGUGGCGCCUACGACCAGCUGCCAUCCAGCGGCCGCCUGGACCUCCUCAGCAACGAGUUGCGGCUGGAGCAGCAAAAAUUCUUCGUUGAGAGCAGAAGCAUGUUGGUGGACAUCGCCACUGCGCUGCACACUUCCACCCAGCGCUCCCAGGUACNCGAUGACGCCUCGCGUUCCCAAGCCAUUCG